AUGAACGUAUCAACUCCAGGAUUUCAAAGAUGUGCUACUGAAAAUGAAAUGAUAGGCAGAACGGCGUUUCUGUUUCAAUCAAAUGUUUAUACAAAUAACAUAAUUGCAAUUAUUACAUGGACUUUGACAGUUGUUGUAUUGAGAAAACUAUACACAAAGUCAAUUUUCCCAAAUUCAACUCUCGUUUUACUGGUUGCAAGUCUGGCAGUUGGAAGUAUUCACGAAUUUUUAUAUGGUUUUAUUCAGAACUGGUCUCUCCUACGAUCCCUGGUGUACUGGGAUCAACCUUGCAAAAUAAUGUUCAACGAAUACGAAUGUUAUCCAUUUUACACUGCAAACAUAUUCAUUCGAUUGUUGAUGAUAUGCACAAACUGCGCCAUCACUAUUGACAGACUAAUCACACUUUCCAAUGUUGGUAUUAAGUCUACCGCUCAACGAGGAAUCGUUUUAUUUAUACUCUCGAUACUUGUAUCAGUCGGGGUCUGUAUGUAUAUGACUAGCGAUGGUCCAAAUGAUAAUCUACAGUCGAAUUGUUUUCAAAGACAAGGCAGAAAUAUCGAUGAAUUGACCACUCAAAUCAUGAUUUACCUAUAUAUUAUUGCAAUAUGUUUAUCGCUAAAUACCAUAGGAUGGUUUAUCAGUUGGAGGAAUUUGAAGAAAGACAAAUUCAACCUGGCUGUACAAAUGUCAAAACAAGAAUCCAUCAACUCAUCCUUGGUGGUUACCUGGUACCUGGUUUCUCAGAUUAUCUUUCUCGGGCUAUAUUCUAUUCUUAUCUAUGCAGUCAUCAAAUUGAAAGAUGUAAUCGGACCCUUAUUAGUUACUAAUGUAGUACUUUGGUGUUAUACCUACACAUAUGCGUGCAUGUUCCUUCCAAUAAUUAUUUUGACUUCUACCAAAAUAAUUUCACUACAGAGAAGAGAAAAGAUUAAUGGGUUGACUAAAGAAAAUCAAAAUGAAAAUCAAAAAUCAUAUUUCGACAAGUUGGAUCGAUCAUGGAGUCAAGGAUAUGGGAAUAGAUAUGCACCGAAUGUUCCAGCUCCUGUUGUUUGUAUUAAUUCAAGUUGA